AUGGCUUUCGGAGGUGUCGCACUGCCCGGCUCGGGCAACUCUGCCAACAACGCCACCAGCGUCAAGGGUAACUCCAACGCUGGUGCCUUUACCAAAGCCAACGGCGCCAGCGAAGAUGACCAGAAGCCUGCCGCUGUCGGCAAGGACGCCAGUCUGGAACAAGGCCUCUCGAGUGUACAUGGUAUUGUACCUACGUUGCAAAACAUUGUCGCCACCGUCAACCUUGAGGUUCGUUUGGAUCUGAAGACCAUCGCGCUGCAUGCGCGCAAUGCCGAAUACAACCCCAAACGAUUCGCCGCCGUCAUCAUGCGUAUCCGAGAGCCCAAGACCACGGCACUCAUCUUUGCUUCGGGCAAGAUGGUGGUCACCGGCGCCAAGUCGGAAGAUGACAGCCGUCUCGCCAGUCGAAAGUACGCACGUAUCAUCCAGAAGCUCGGCUUUGAGGCUAAGUUCAGCGAGUUCAAGAUUCAGAACAUCGUAGGAUCGUGCGACGUUCGCUUCCCGAUUCGACUCGAAGGUCUCGCCUACAGCCACGGUGUUUACUCGUCGUACGAGCCCGAGCUGUUCCCCGGUCUGAUCUACAGAAUGGUCAAGCCCAAGGUUGUGCUCCUCAUCUUUGUCUCUGGCAAGAUCGUGCUCACUGGUGCCAAGGUACGAGAAGAGAUCUACCAGGCAUUCAAUCUCAUCCUACCAGUGUUGGCUGAGUUCCGCAAGCCUUGA